UCCAAGAUGGCGGACCACGAGACUGUUCUUCUUGAGGUAAUAAACACCAAGCACAAAAAGAAUGGCGGAACCUUGCGUCUCAUGUCCAAUGACCUGCUUUGGAUUCCUUACGGGUCAGAUAAUCCCAAGCUGUCUUGUGCCUACUCUGAAAUCAAAGUUCAACGGAUAAGUCCAGAGGGCAGCUCAAAAAUACAAAUACAGAUUGUUCUUCAUGACGGAAACUCCUUCACUUUCCAGUUUACCAAUGACUCAACAGCAAAUGCAAAAAAAGAAAGAGAUGAGGCAAAAGACCUCCUUGCACAGCUCAUUCCAGUCCAUCGAAAAAAGGCCAAUAAAGAACUUGAAGAAAAGAACAGAAUGCUGAAAGAUAAUCCUGAAUUGUAUCAGCUGUAUAAAGAUCUGGUUGUCAGUGGUGUUAUUACUGCUGAAGAAUUCUGGGCAAAUAGAACAAAGCAGAAUCAGGAAACUCAGGUGGUACAAUCAGACCAGGCAGUUGGUUUGUCCUCGGCAUUGCUUGCAGAUAUGCAACCCGAGAGUUCAGGUUGCAAUGAAGUCAAGUACAAUUUGAAUGUGGAUACUAUUGAGGCCAUAUUCAAAACAUAUCCUGCUGUGAAAAGAAAACACCAAGAGGUUGUGCCUCAUGAGAUGCCAGAAAAAGACUUUUGGACAAAGUUUUUUCAGUCGCAUUAUUUCCACCGAGACAGAAAUAACACAAGGGCAAUGUCAGGUGACAUCUUCACUGAAUGUGCAAAGGAGGAUGAACUGGAGCAAUUGUCAAGGAAACUUGCAACCUUCAGUGAUCCUUUGUUGGACUUAACAGGAGCGUCACCAGUUCCUGAAGAGGGAUAUGGACUAACUGCAGAGGCGAUAGAUCCCAAGAACAACGUAGCAACUCAGUCCUUGUUCAGAAAGCUGAAUCACCACAGUUUAAUGGUGUUGCAAACCACAGCUUCCGGGUCCACCGUCAACAAAGAAAAGGAGAAAAAUGGAAAGAAUGGCGAAGUUAAUGAGAGAGAUCCCCCUACAAAAAAGAGUCGUCUCCGAGGAAUGGUGGAAUAUGGCGAUUUGUCUGAGCAGCAAACCAGAGAGCUCCCAAGCUUAAAAAUUGCUGAUUCGUCAAAGUUUUCGCAAGGUCUGAUACCGGCCAUCUCAAAGGAAAGAGGAUCAGUUCACUCCAAGCUUAGUCACACAGAGAUUUCCAAAGCCAUCGAGAGUAACCAAAGAGAGUUUGAACAUUGGCAACCAAAUCUACCCGGGACUCUUCCCAGUGGCAUGGCUUGUCACGUCCUCACAGAAAUGUCCCCCGGUGGAUCUUUGAUGAGCACAACUUCCGAAACAAGCAUGCAACAUUUAGUGUCUUCGUCAGUUCAGGCGGAAGUUAAGCUUCAGUACAACUCACUGUCCGAGCUCCUGAGACACUUUUGGUCGUGCUUUCCCAUAAAGACACAGUUCUUGGAGGAAAAGAUGGUUAAAAUGGGCCAAAGCCUUGAAAAGUACAGAGAUGUUAAGCUGCAGCAAUUCCGCAAUCAGCUACCCGCCGAGGAGGCUCAUCUGGCUAAUCACCUUGUAGAGAUGCUGGACACCGCGCUUACAAAGUACAGAACGUGGCUGGAAAAAAAGUCAGGCGCUAAGAUCUCUAGUAGCUGACCGUGGAUACAGGAGACUCGCUGCAUUUCGUGAUGUGAGGUGCAGUGGAGAGUAAGGAGACGCGGUCUUCUUAUAAAUGUUGGUCACCAAAGUGACACCCAAGAUUUCUCCGCCUUUUUCAAGACAAACAGCUGACUGAGUUGUGUUUUUCUCUUUACUUAUAACUCGAGAAGAUUGUUUGUGGAUAAAUGAAGAACUUUGUCUACUUUACAUUGGAACAUUCUUGGACGAAAUGUUCCACUUUUCAACUCUGCAACAGACAGUAAAAAGAAAGAAGAAUGUCUGAAUUGGACGUUGAAAAUGUGUUGUCGCACCGUUAGUGAACUGAUUGCUGUUUUUCAUCAAUUAACAUUUUAAAUAAUGUAAAUAAUUUCAUAUAUCUCCUUUUCAAUUCCUUUUUGCUAAAAGUAAAUUAGAGUAAAAAGAACGUUAAAGCCACUUCCGUAAAUGGUUAUAUUUUUGCGUCCAAAAAACAUAAUGAAUCCCUUACUAUAAAUCGUGUGCUUAUUUUUACGUUUGGCAACUGAACAGAGCUCCUCACAGCAUGUGGUUUUGUAGGUAAAAAGAGGACUAAUCUGAAAUAAAUCAAAGGCUCCUUAGAGCAACCUCAUGGUCUGAAUUUUUGGCGCCCUUGAGGUAACCUUCGAUCUGGCUUUCUUCAGUUUGGAAAGAUUUUUUGAUCGUGGGCAACACGUGCUGGCACAAAUAUUGUGUUUGUAAGCAUUUUGAUAGAGAAAAAUUGUCUUAAAUUGCGAAUGUGUGAAGAAUUAGUUGAGAUACCGGCAGCUACAAGAUGAAAUCAACGAAGUUUCACGCUUACCAAUUUGCAGAAAGGUUAAGCUCACUUCAUAUUCGCGGUGUUUGGGUCUUCACGUA